UCUCCUCCUGGUGUGGCUUUUCCCAACAGAUACGAUGGAAAUUACAACCUGGUAUCUGUAACCCAGUGAAAGUUUUGCGGAAGUGACCUCAGUCUGAGCUUUGGUGUUCACUACCAGCAGUCCUGUGGCACCCACCCAUCCCAGGCACCUCUCAACACAUUUGUGGCGCUGUACCCUUUGGAUCAUAGGAAUCCUCCUUAGGAAUACACCUGCUGGAACUCUAGCAGUAGCCAUGAUAGACCUGACCUAUCUGACUGAAGAGGAGAAGGAGAUGAUUAUGGCUGUGUUGAAGAGGGACGCUGAUUUGAAGAGCAAGGAGGAUCAGCGAGUCAAAGAACUGCAGAAGACAUCGCGUGACAGAAAUAAAAUAAAAUACCUGACUGGGGAGUGGUUUUAUGAGACGAAGUCGCAGAGGCACAGGGACCGAAUCCAUGGAUCUGACAUCAUCCGGGCCUCCAUCAGGCAGAGAAAGCCUGUGACAAUAUUUGAGCUCUCUAAGGUAUGGGCUGAAAAUCUCACUUUUGGGAAAAUUGGAAAUCCUGACGUCUUUAUCCCUCCUGAGCUUCCUGGUCUCAUAGAGGAACCACCAGCACAAUCCGAAACUCAGAGCAGGGAAUAUGCUGGCUCACCAGAAAGCCAACCAGAUGGGUUGAAGCCAGCUGUUCAGGCCCAAGCCAAGCAAAGGCAAAAUCCAUUCAACAACACGCCCCUGUCCCCUGUUUCUUCGGACAAGACAAGCAGACUGGUGUCUAAUGGCGCGCCACAAGCAGAGAAGGCACCUGCAGGGGUUAUCUAUCUAUACUGUGUCUAUACCAUGUUGUCCCCCCAUCAUUGUUGUCUUUUUUCAGAGUUGCUUCCAUCUUAUGAGAGCCCCAUAGACACACUAACUAAUCAAACCUCAGAAAGUUCUGAAACAUUACAAGCCACACUGAAUGUCCUCAAGCCUCUGCCAAGAAAAAGAGUUUUACGCGUCUCCCAAGACUCGUCGACAGAGAGCAAUGCCUGCAAACAGGGUGCCACACCUGCCCCCAGAAGCAUCCUGAAGCAGAACUCCAGCAGCAGCUCCAGUGAUUCCCUGCCACCCCAUUCCAACUACAGCCCUGAAGCUGAACCACUGAGUCCUCUGAUUCUCCCAGACUCCCCCAGCUUAUGGUCCAGCUUUGCGGACAGAAAGCAGGUCCGGUUCUCUGCCAUCAUCAGGGGCAGAAACCCAGCGCUACAGAAUGGCCAGGAGCGGGGCGACCUCCUGGACCAAGACAGCAUUGCUCUCUCUGAUGAGGAGGGUCAGACGGACAGGUCAGACACAAGUGGCAGCAGUAGCAGCAGCAACAGCAGCAGCAGUGGCGACGGCAGCAGUGACGGCCUCAGAGGGGAAUGUGAAAGUCCAGUUUUCUCAGAGACACUGCAGAGGACUGAUCCGGAACUCUACAUCAGUCCCAAAUCCGUCCCCCAAGAUUCUUACUCAUGGAACAGUAAACUGGUAAUUCAUGAAGAGGUGAAGUCAGUAAUAGAGGUUCUUACAAUAUCAUUUUAUCAGUGUUUACGUACAAUCAUGCCUUUCCUUUUUACAGGUUUCCAUGAUUGCCUUGCUGAGCCCCCUGCAAGUGAGGUGUCCCACCUCCAUAGCACUGCGCCAGAAACAGGUAAAAGUGAGAACACAAGCGCUGUUCGGAUCAUGUUGAAACGAGCUAAUUCAAGGCCAAUGUCUUUUUCGAAAAGCUUGGAGGACAUUACAACAAUGCCAAAUCGAGAGGAAAGAAUGAGAACGGACCAGAAGAGCGAUCUAGUGCUCAGUGUGGAUGAUGUGUCUGUUGUCCCCUCCUCGCCCGCCUCCCCAAACCCAGAGCAGAUGAAGAGGAUGAGCGCUUCGGUCCCUGCGUUCCUGCAGCAGGAGGUCAGUGGCAGCGUGAUGAGCAUCUACAGUGGGGACUUCAGCAGUGUGGAGGUCAAAGGGACCAUACAGUUUGCCAUGAAUUAUGUGGAGAAGCUGGGAGAGUUUCACAUCUUUGUUGUCCAGUGCAGAGAUCUAGCAGUGGCGGAGCCCAAAAGAAACCGCUCUGAUCCGUAUGUUAAGUGUUACCUGUUACCUGACAAAGCAAAGUUGGGCAAGAGGAAAACAAGUGUGAAAAAGAAGACAUUGAAUCCUACCUUCAAUGAAAUCCUACGGUACAAGAUCUCCUCUGAUACCCUGAGGACUGCAACCCUGAACCUCUCUGUGUGGCACCACGACAGCUUUGGGAGAAACAGCUUCCUAGGAGAGGCGGAUGUUGAUUUGAGAGAGUGGAACUUCAUUGACUCUCAGAUGAAAGACUACCUGCUGAGACCGCGGGUUGUCAGCCGCCCCAAAACAACUGACCAGAAGGGUGACAUGAGAGUAGCUUUGCGCUUCCUCCCUCAGAGCACUCAGAGUAAGAGAGCAUCUAAGACAGGAGAAGUGCAAAUCUGUGUGAGAGAAUGCAAGAACCUACCUGUUGUAAGAGGUGUCAUCAUAGAUCCUUUUGUCAAAUGCACAGUCCUCCCUGACGCAAGCAGGAAGAGUCGGCAGAAGACACGAGUGGCGAAGAAAACGGCUGAUCCAGUGUUUAAUCACACAAUGGUCUAUGAUGGCUUCAAACAAGAGGACCUACAAGAGGCCUGUGCGGAGCUCACUGUGUGGGACCAUGACAGGCUUAAUAACCACUUCCUGGGAGGCCUCAGGCUAGGACCUGGAACAGGUAAAAGUUAUGGCUCUGAAGUUGACUGGAUGGACUCAACCACGGAGGAGGCCACGCUGUGGGGUCGAAUGCUGAUUUCUCAGGGCGAAUGGGUUGAAGAUGUGUUGCCUUUGAGAAUGUUGAUGAUGGCAAAAUAAAGUUAUUUUAUAGUACAUUUAUUUUUGAAAGGACAGUGUGGUAAAAGAACAAAUAUAUAUGGAUUUCCAGUUAUUAUAAACAAAAUAUGUUCAUGUAAAGAUUGUUUUAUUUAUAAUAUUUGUAAAAAAAAAAAAAAGGCUUCAGAAAAUAAAGCGUGGAAUCUUGUCUCAAAUUCUAAAGGCAUUUCCAAAUCACAGUAGAUUAAUAUAUGUAUAUCAAAUCAUAACAUAUUGUAAGACCUGACUUUAUUGUAACACACAAUGUAAUUGUAAUUCACAAAACCAUGUGUUGUACAAAUUUUCAAGAGUUAUAAAUAAACCAACCUAAAUAUAUUUGCAUUGGGGCAAAACAUUCUUUCUGACAUAUUAUGAAUACAUUGAGAUACUCUGGAAAAACAGUGUUACCCAGAAGUAUGUGUUCUGAUCUUGAGUGGAAGGUGAAAUAAGACAGACGUAAAAUGUACCAACAUUUCUUCUGCCUGAAGUAUUUCCCCUGAUGAUGAUAUUAAAGGCACAGUACACGAUGCUAAUCCAAGCAAUUCAGCGAAUUGAUCCUCACUGUACUCCCUGUCCUACCUGUCCAUCCUGCGUGUGCGUGCAAAAAAAACCUGGCUAAAUUAAACAAACAGUGGGUCGAACUGACCCAUAAACAAUUCCAACCAAUCAACACGUUGUUUCCGGAGCAAUGGAGGGGAGGGUUGUAAUGAUUGCCUGCUAAACUUAAAUAUAAUGCAGAGCUUUCAAUGUAAUUUCUAAAUUCUACAGAAGAUCCACCAAUCCAGCAUUUAAGUAAAACAAUGACUUUUCCUAACCGAAAUGUUCUGCCAAACGAUAUCGUUAAGGUUUAAGGUGUAGGCUAUAUUAUCGCCGACGUCUAACUAGUCUUAGGUCGAUAUGUCUUCCACACCUGCGGGUGGCAGAUGUCAAGAUUCUACAAAGAUGUGAUCUUACGUAAUUGGCGCCAUUUUAUUCUGUCGUCGUAUGUAUGUUUGUGCGUGGGAAGUAUCGUGAGUCAGCUAUUGUGUUGUCUGGAACAGAAACGUACCCAGCGAUCGUAGAAGAUUAUAUUUCACAGGAAUUCUGCCCUGUAAGAAGAAUGCUG